AAGCACAGCUGGUUGCAGCUUAUCUAUCAAACCACUCUUUGCCUCGUUGUGGGGCUACUAGACUGUCUUUCCAGUCAUGUCAACAGCAGCCCCAAUAUCGGCCGCACAAGCAAUUGGCGAAUAUCUGCAAUCACCCGAUGACCUCUUGAAAGUUGCAGCGUUCAGGAAAAAGCUGGAGAAAGAAAAGGCCUCUAUUGAUGCAAGGUUGAAAAGUGGAGUGAAGGAGCAGUUGGAUGCUACUCGAGAAGGCCUGAAGAAGCUGCUGGAUACCCGUAGCAAUGUGCAGGCUGUGAAGGAUGAAAUGCAGACAGUGGACAGACUAUGCAGCGAUCCUCAGAACGUCGUACCUACGUUUCAUCAAAUCAGCAGAGUAUCCAUGGUCCACCGUAACUUUGAGCAAACGGAAGAAAUGGUGGACAAUCUACUCCAAAUGAACUCGAAGCUCGAUAUGCUCGAAGAAAUGCUUUCAGCUGACAGCAACGAUAUCAUCGGUCCAGCUCCAAAUCUGCUGCCCGUACAUUAUCAGAUCAACCGGUUGGAGGCUUUCAGAAAUCAAACUAUGCACCAAGCAAAGAAAGCAUCUGCUCUUUCUCGUACCAAGCUGGCUCUCAUCUUUCAGCGCCUUAACAAACUUACGGAAGUGUUCGAAACAUAUAUCAUGGAGCUUGCACGAAAUAUACUCCCACUUGUGCGCGCGGGUCAUCCUGAAGUCGUGGUGAAGCUGAUCAAAAUCGCUGAAAUGGAGGGAAGGGAAGAUGAAAAAGCCAUCGCUAUUCGUCUCGUUAAGAAAGCUGCAAAAAUGGAUGCAGCUUCUAAAUUCAAAUCAAUGCAAGCAAAUGCGCGCAUCAUCAAACAUUAUCGAUCAAAAAUACACAAAACCAUUUCCGACUCUAUCAGGAGCAAAUUCGAAGAUGCAUACUUACGUGACGAACGCGAUCCAGGAGCUUUUCUCAACGGCCUUGGAUGGAUAUACCAAGAUCUAAUUCGCAUUGAGAGCGACGUAGUUCCAUGCUUCCCUCCCAGCUACGAAAUAUAUGCAUUCUAUGUCAAGGAAUACCACAAGAUACUAAAUGCAACUCUCCAGCGGCUAGUCGCCGCCGAACCAGAGGCUAGUGUUCUUCUACACUUGCAUGCCUGGUUGAAGGAGUACAAGAAGAGCAUGAAGGAGCUUGAUAUUGCUCCCGAACUUCUAGAACCACAGUUACUCAACGGCGAUGAGCAGAAUUUGAUCGAGGAUUACCUCAAAUUGAUCGUGAAGAAGCUAGACGAAUGGACGGCUAACCUUAUGAAAACCGAAGUUCAAGAAUUUGCGUCACGCUCUGAACCUCCAGAAAUGGACAGUGAUGGUUUAUAUGGCACGCAAGGUGCUGUCAUACUAUUCCAAAUGGUCAAUCAACAGAUUGACGCCGCGACGGAGAGUGGGCAAGGUGCAAUCCUUGCACGGGUUGUGGGAGAAGUGAAUCGAGUAAUGAGAGGUAUUCAAGAACAAUGGACCAAGGUUGUGGAAGCAGAAUUCAAGAAGCAGCUUGAUAAGCCCGAAGAAGUUCCCGGGGGUCUGGCAGAGUAUUGCAUCGCACUUGCAAACGACCAGAUCAAGUCAGCAGAUUAUACAGAAGCGCUGCUCGGGCGACUCGAGCCACUGGUUUCAGAAAAAUACAGAGUCAAGAUCAGUGAAAAACUUAAUGACGCCAUCGACGGUAAUCUGGACGUGGCGAAGAAAUGUAUACAAACACUCAUCGAUAUCAUCUUCAAUGAUCUUAAACCAGCUACGAAGCAGCUAUUCCAGGCUCCGUGGUACGACGGUAUCAUACAGCAAGUUGUCGUUACGAUGGGCGACUACUUAGCGGAUCAUGCUUUCCUGAAUGCUUCCCUUUUAGAGCUCCUCGUGGAGUAUCUUUUAGAUGCAUUUUUGGUCGCCUACCUUACGGCGUUAGCCAAUUCCCCAAAGCUAAAAAUGCCGGCUGCUACAGAGCGCAUAAAACAAGACGUUGGCGCGAUUUUCUCCUUUUUCAGCGGUUACAAGCCCGCGAAGGAGCUAGAGGGCUACUUUGACGUGGUAGAGAUGAUACUUGCGAUGCUCGAGGCGUCACAGAGCUUAGUGUUCCUAUCUUUCUGGUCGUUUGCUAAGGUGCAUGGACCCAAUAUUCCCUUCGUGGAAGGCCUGAUGAAAGCUCGAGGCGAUCUCGACCGAUCUGGCGUUAGUGAAGUCAUGGAUAGCAUUAAACGUAAAGUAAAAGAAGAAGGAUUAGUAGAUCCUCCUGAGCCGACCAUAAUGAAGAAGAUCGCUGUCCAAGGCACGCUGUCACGUUUCCUCCGCACAUAAGUAUCGCAUUGUUACACAUUCAAUUUUAAUACAGAUUUCAUUGCUUGUAGUACAGAACACAUUGUAUCACUAUUUCCAUCAUUGCCCGUAUACCCUAUUAUUAUCUCU